UCGGAGACAUUGAAGACCAGAAACAAUCCUAAUUCUCCGCCUCUCUUCGACGAAACCCGCUCCAUGAAACCACCAAGACCACUGUCAUCGACGAAUUGCCCCGAAAAGAACUUUACGAGACCCGUUUGCUUGAUGCAUGUGCACAACCCAGCGAUAAAUUGAUGCCAUCGAGCCGACCAGUGGCAAUCGUCAAUCGAAAAGAAAAUCCGCCCUUCCGACCCGUCGCGCAGCAUUACAACCACUCUUCAGCCAGCUCUUCCGCCCUUCCCAGAUACCGCGAUAAUGACGUCCUCCGACGUGCGAGACGUCCUCAAUCUUCCCGACAGCCACGGAGGCCCCCGACCGGCGAAGAAACAAAAGACAGCCGGCCCACGCCCAAAUCUCAAGGGUCUCGCCCGCGAGGUUCAGAAUCUGGGCGGUGACAACCCAAUCGCCAUCGUUCCUGAAGUAUCGAUCUUCAAGAAGCGGCGAUUCGCAAGCAGGAAACCGGCGACAAAAUGGGAACUUAAGCCUUUCACAAACUCAGCGCGAGGCGACAGCGGCGCAUUAGUGCUGAAGCACUGGAAACGCAAGACACCGACGGCUGCGGAAAAUGGGCGCCAGGGCGGCGACGCCGAAAUGAAAGAUGCGGAAGGAGAGCAGGCAGCGGUGAAGCCCGAGAACUCAAUGUUUGCGAAAUUCAACGUGGAGGUGGAUGUGCCGCAGUACAGCGAAGACCAGUACCGGACGAACCUGCAAAACGACGACUGGAGCAAGGAGGAGACGGAUUACCUGCUAGGGCUGGUGAAGGACUUUGACCUACGGUGGCCGAUCAUAUGGGACCGAUACGACUACUUGCCAGAAGCGAUCAACGGAGAGGCGUCGGCAGACGGGGAUGAGAGUAAGGCUAUCAUCCCCGUGCCGAAACCAAGGACGAUGGAGGACCUCAAAGCGCGCUACUACGACGUUGCGGCAAAGAUGAUGGCGGUGCAGAAGCCCGUUCAGUACAUGACGCAACCCGAGUACACCCUUCACGAGCUCAUGGCCAACUUCAACGCCAACCAGGAGAAGCAGCGCAAGGACUUUGCGAACAACGCGCUUACCCGGAGCAAGGAGGAAGCCAAGGAGGAGGAAUCACUACUACUGGAGAUCAAGCGCAUUCUCGCGCGCAGUGACCGUUUCAACGAGGAGCGUCGGGAGCUCUACAACCGUCUGGACUACCCGCACACUGACCAGGACAUCAGCGCGUUCAAGUCCAGUGCUGGGCUACAAACUCUCUUGCAGAACCUGAUGAAUGCCGACAAGUCCAAAAAGCGGAAGUCGCUCAUGGCAGCGGACGGCGUCAGCCCCUCCGCGCCCGCAGGUCAACAGCCAGCGGCUGCAGCGACAGCGACGGCCGCGUCAACAGACAACAAAGACCGCCGCGAGAGCAUUGCUGCUGCAGCGGCUGCGACCCCGGCGGAGAAAACGCACAAGGAACCUCCCAGCAGCGUCGCGCAGACACCGACGGCGCCGGCAGGCGGAAAGAAGGGCCAGCAGCAGCAGGAACGCCGCAAGCUCAACGAUGCCGAGAUGCACGUCUACGGUGUCACGCACCACGACCGCCUGUCUAGCGGACCGACGUUCCGCUACGAAAAGAUCAACAAGCUUUUCACACACAAGUCGAACCAGCAGCAACUGCGCAUCAUGAACACGCUCAACGAGCUCGAUAUCCCGCCAAGGCUAGUUAUGCCGACAGCACCGGUAACAGCCCAAUACGAGCUCCUGCUCGGCGCCGUCAACAGUCUGCUUGAUGCUAGAAAGGUCACGGACAAGAUUGACGCCGAGAUCAAGCUCGAGCUGGCCAAAAAGGCGGAGCGCGAGAAGGCGAACCAGCCAGAGCCCGACCCGGCUGCUGAGAAGAAGGAAGGCGAUGGCCAAGCUCAGUCUACGGAAGAGAAGAAGGACAAGACCACCGCAGGGGGCGAGGGCGAAGGCGAUGGCGAGGCAAACGCCGAACCUAAAGCUGCCGCCGAGCCAUCCAAGGAUGAUGAAACCAAAACCAACGGAGACGCCGGCGGUGGGGAGGCAACUCCCGCUGCGGACGGGGACAAAGCAACUGCUGCAGCUGCUGCUGCGCCGGCCGCGACGGAGGAGGGCAAGGGGGACGCGGAGAAGGAAAAGUCGGCGCGGCCGGGCAGCAGUGGGGCAACACAUAAGCGGAGCGCCAGCGUCAUGAGCGCCGGCGGCGAGGAGAAGAAUGCCAAGAGGCAAAAGAAAUGAAGCAAGUGAAGGCCAUGUACCGUCAAAGUACCGUCAGA